UUGUUGUUACUGAUGCCCAUGCUGCUGCUUCUGCUGCUGCUGGGAGCAGCCUCCAGCCGGUGCCUCCAUGAGGAGACACAGAAAGCCAUGCACCUUCUCAGCCCUCCUCUCUCCCAGCACCCCUCAAACGCCCGUUCCUACCUCACCCACCCUGACUCCCAAGCUCCCCAGCCCCUCCGCAUCCAAACCUACCACCUAGGAGACCCUGUGUCAGACGGCGCCUGGGGAUCUGAGGGAGACGGGGCCAGAGGGCUGACCCGAGCCCUGGCCGCUGCAGAAGAGGCCGCACAGCGACUCAGGGGAGUCCUAGCAGUCCCUCCAGUGCAAGGCCCUCUGCUUCUGAGUCGAGACCCUGAAGAGUACUGCCACGCUCUCUGGGGUGACCCCAACUCUCCAAACUACCACAGGUGCAGCCUCCUGAACCCCGGAUACAGAGGAGAGAGCUGCCUGGGCAUAAAGAUCCCCGAUGCCCAUCUCCGUGGCUAUGCCUUGUGGCCGGAGCAGGGGCCCCCACAGAUGGUCCAGCAAGAGGGGGCUGGGGUCCAGAACGCUGACUUCCUCCUAUAUGUACGGGUUGCCCACACUUCCAAGUGUCACCAAGAGGCCUCAGUCAUAGCAUACGCUGCCUGCUGCCAGCUGGACUCAGAUGACAGGCCUUUGGCUGGCACCAUUGUCUACUGUGCCCGACAUCUCGCCAGCUCCAGGCUCAGCCAUGAUGACAUCGUCAUGGUCACCCUACAUGAACUGCUCCAUGCUUUGGGGUUCUCCAGUCAUCUUUUCAAGAAAUGGCGAGACUGCCCCUCAGGACCAGCUGUCAGAGGCCACUGCUCUACAAGGCGACAGGUGAUGAGGCCAGACGAGCGGGGUCAUCUGCUUCUCACCACCCCAGCUGUUAGCCACAGCCUGGCCAAACACUUGGGAGUGCUGGGAGGCUCGGUGGGUGUGCCCUUGGAAGAGGAGGGCCCUCUGUCAUCACACUGGGAGGCCCGGCUUCUCCAGGGCUCUAUAAUGACCGCCGCCUUCAAUGGCGCUCAACGCACCCGACUUGACCCCAUCACUCUCGCCGCCUUUGAAGACUCAGGCUGGUACCACGUCAACCACCGUGCUGCAGAGGAGCUGCUAUGGGGCCAGGGAUCCGGCCUGCAAUUUGGUCUGGUGACCACCUGUGGGACUGGCUCCUCAGACUUCUUCUGUACUGGCAGUGGACUGGGCUGCCACUUCCUGCACCUGGACAAGGGGCGCUGCUCUACCCACCCUGAGCUGGAAGGCUGCCGCAUGUACAUGCCCUUGGCCAACGGGAGCGAAUGCUGGAAGCAGGAAAACGGCCUCCCGGCUGGGGCAGAGAACCUCCCCGGGGAAAUCUACCAUCCCCAGAGCCGGUGUUUCCUCGCCAACCUCACUUCACAACUGCUCCCUGGGGACGAGGCCGUGCCUCCCUCUCAGAUCCCACAUGAGGUGGGAGAAGAGCUCACCGGCCGCUGCUACUUACAUCAGUGUACCGAGAGGGGCAUGUACAAGGUGCUGGUGGCAGGGUCCCACUGGACCCCCUGCCCCCCAGGAAAGGCUAUCCAGAUACCCAGGUACUCUGGUCUUCUCCUCUGUCCCCGCGGCCGGCUGUGUCGGGCUAAGGAAGACAGCAACACCAUUCCUUCCCCACCUGCAAGUCUUCCAACCCAAGACCUGUUACUACAGCUGUCUUUCCAACUAGCUGGGCCGCCAGGUCCUUCCCUGGGGAAGGUAGAGCGAGAGGAACUGACUGAAGCAGUGCUACAGGCUCUGGUGAGCAGAGGAGGGACUAGCAGGUGCUACUUCCGCAGCCCCCGGAUGACCACUAGCUUGGUGUUCACCGUGCACAUGUGGAGGCCCCCUGGCUGCCCAGGGCCUGCGGCUGGCGUGCUGCACAGGGACCUGAUGCUCUCUCUCCAAAGGAGACCGCUAGAAGUUUACUGUAGAGGAGCCAGCUUUACCUCAGAGGACAGCAAGUUGUUGGUUACCUCGGAUCAGAAUCACUCUGCGACCCACCUACAUCUGUCCCUGGGGCUCUGCCUAACACUGCUUAUCCUCAUGGGUGCACUAGGAAGCAUGGCCUACCAGAAACGGGCUACUCUUCGGGUGGGACCACUGGCCCCUCACCACUCACAAGAGCUGCAAGGCACAAGAGGCCCAGCUGGAGAAAUGAGGGAGGUGUGA